AUGGGUGUCCCCAAGUUCUUCAGAUGGAUGUCCGAGCGAUACCCGGGCAUCUCUCAGCUCAUUGCCGAGAACCGCAUCCCCGAGUUUGACUGUCUCUACCUUGACAUGAACGGCAUCAUUCACAACUGCACUCACAAUGACUCCGACGGCCCCACCACCCGCAUGACCGAAGACAAGAUGUUCAUCGCCAUCUUCAACUACAUCGAGCACCUGUUUGGCAAGAUCAAGCCCAAGCAGCUCUUCUUCAUGGCCAUCGACGGCGUCGCCCCGCGCGCCAAGAUGAACCAGCAGCGUGCUCGCCGCUUUCGAACCGCCCUCGACGCUGAAAAGGCUCGAGACAAGGCUAUCAAGGAGGGUGUCGAGAUGCCCAAGGAGGCUCCCUUCGACAGCAACUGCAUCACCCCCGGUACCGAGUUCAUGGCGAAGCUCACCCAGCAGUUGAAGUAUUUCAUCAACAAAAAGGUCUCCGAGGACCUCGACUGGCAGGGCGUGGAAGUCGUCCUGUCCGGCCACGAAGUCCCAGGAGAAGGCGAACACAAGAUCAUGGAGUACAUCCGUCAGGCGAAAGCCCAGCCGGAGUACGAUCCCAACCGCCGCCACUGCUUGUACGGUCUCGACGCCGAUCUCAUCAUGUUGGGCCUGCUGAGCCACGACCCUCAUUUCUGUCUUUUGCGAGAGGAGGUGACGUUUGGUCGCCAGAGCAAGACAAAAUCAAAGGAGCUGGAGCAUCAGAACUUCUUCCUGAUGCAUCUCUGUAUUGUACGAGAAUACCUGGAAUUGGAGUUUCAAGAGCUAGCAGAGCCUGGUGCUCUCGGCUUCCCAUUCGACAUGGAGCGUGUCAUUGACGAUUUCAUUCUUAUGGCUUUCUUCGUUGGUAACGAUUUCCUUCCUAAUCUUCCUCAUCUACACAUCAACGAGGGCGCCUUGGCUCUCAUGUUCAACGUUUACAAGACGGUUUUGCCAAAGGCCAAAGGAUACAUCAACGAGGGUGGUGUAAUCAACAUGGAGCGACUGUCGCUCCUGCUCGACGAGCUUUCAAACAUCGAGAACCGCCAUUUCGAAUCCGAAAAUGCGGAUGCUGCCUGGUUCAAGGGCAAGCGCCUUGGACGCGAGGACAUUAUGGAGAAGACUGCGCGACGUGGCACGGUUGUCAUGUCCACGCAACAGAAGGAGUUGUUCGCGCAGGUGAAGAGUUGGGUCGGCAAUCAUUUGCAGAAAGUGGAGCAACCUCCUCUGGAUCUACCUGUAGCUCUGAAAGCCGAGGACCGGAAGUUUGUUCAGGAGCUUGCGGACAAGCUCCACCUGCCGUGGAAGACGGUCCAAGACGAUGAUGGUAACCGCCAUCUGCAAAUCUCGGCACCACCAAAGUUGGUGGAAAGUGACGACGAUGACGAGGACGAUGAAGCCACUGCCGAAUCCACAAAGGCUAUCGUGCGAGUUGUUCAGAAGUACGACCAGGCCAAGAUUGUCGACAUUUCGCCCGAAGAGGCUGAAUCGGCCAUGCAAGCAAAGUACGACGAGAAAUUCAAGGAUUGGAAGAACGAGUACUACAAGAGCAAGUUCGACUGGGAUCGCAGCAACGAGGAGGAACUUCGCAAAUUGACAGAAAACUACGUGCAGGGGCUGCAGUGGGUUCUCUACUACUACUACCGUGGAGUAGCAUCGUGGCCGUGGUACUACGGCUACCACUACUCGCCCAUGAUCUCCGAUGUCAAGCGAGGUUUGAAGGCCGACAUCAACUUCAAGCUUGGCCAGCCCUUCAAGCCUUACCAGCAACUCAUGGGUGUACUACCUGACCGCAGUAAGUCAAUCGUUCCGGAGGCCUACCAUCCCCUCAUGACGAACGCCGACUCCCCCAUCAUCGACUUCUACCCACGCGACUUCAAUCUCGACAUGAAUGGGAAGAAGCAAGACUGGGAGGCUGUCGUUAAGAUUCCUUUCAUCGAGGAGGACAGGCUGCUCAAGGCUAUGGCGACGAAAGAGCAUCUUCUUACCGAGGACGAGAAGUCUCGCAACUCUUACGGCGUCUCGUUGAAGUUCACUUACUCCAGGGACGUGGAGUUUGUGUACCCAUCUUCUUUGCCUGGUAUCUUCCCAGACCUACCAAACUGCAAGUGCAUCGAGAACAUCUUCGAUCUGCCCACCAUGGACGGUCUGGAGUACUACGUUGGUUUGAUGGAUGGUGUCAAGCUUGGAGCUUCGGCUUUGGCUGGUUUCCCUAGUCUGAAGGUGCUGCCCUUCCAUGGUGCGCUCGAUUUUGCGGGCGUCAACGUCUUCUCCCAAGACAGUCGUAACGAGAGCAUGGUUGUCACUCUCUUGGAUACCGAGCCGAGGGCUUCAGCAGCGUAUGCGAAGAAUAUGCUUGGAAAGCCCGUUCACGUUGGAUACCCAUUCUUGCAUGAAGCAAAGGUGGUCAAGGUUUCUGAUGAGCUCUUUGACUACUACCUGCCCGAGGAUGGUGUCUCAGCACCUCUUGCGAUCGAACAUGGGCCCACGGAGAUUUCCAAUUGGAAGAAGAUGACGAACCGUAUCCAGGAUACUUACGGUAAGCGUCUUGGCAUCAUGACCGGAGAGGUAGAGGCCCUUGUGCACGUAGAAAUGCUCAAGGGUCUCAGGAAGACGGACGAGGGUGCCACAAUCAAGGAGUACGGCGCGGUACCAGGACUCCAAUCCGAGUACGCUCCCCAAACCGUCGUUGAGGACGUCAUCAGCCCGGAUCAACGCUUCUUGGAGCAGGCUGCUUUGUCCAUCGAGGAAGAGUUCCCAGAGGGUUCUCGUGCGUUCUACCUCGGCGACUAUGCGUACGGUCGCCCACUGCAGGUUGUCGGUCACGCAGACCACAAGGCUCAGGUCAUAGUUUCUAAGCUCAAAAAGCAGGAGCCAGAUUUUGGUCGUCAGAUCGUCGUGCAAGCGGAAAGGUCGACACCGUACCUUCCAUCUUAUGUCGUCGCCAGGCAGCUGAACAUGCCCCCUCUGGCUUUGUCGAAGUUGACAUCCUCAUUUAACGUCAACUCCAGCGGUCUCAAGUUGAACCUUGGUUUGAACUUGAAGUUCGAAGCGAAGAAGUUGAAAGUCCUGGGCUACUCGCGCAAGUCUGCCAACGGAUGGGAAUAUAGCCAGAAGGCCGUCAAUCUGCUCGCGCAGUACAUGAUUAAGUUCCCUGAGUUCUUUGCUGGCAUCAUCAACAAUCCGACAGGAGAUGGAUGGGAGGAUACCGACUUCUACCCUCCCGAGGUCGCCAAGCAGAAAGUCAAGGAGAUUGGAGCUUGGUUGAAGGAGGUGCAGACCAAGAGCUUUGAAAAGGUGCCGCUUGAUGCAGAGCAGCUUGACUCUGAUACCGUCAAGGUUAUUGAGCAGGCUGCCGACGCCAACCUUCAACUGCUGCAAGAUGUGGAGAUGAAGAAGAUCGGCAAGGUACCGCGCAACGCCAUACUGAAGCCUUCGGAUGCCGAGCAGCGUCUUGGUCAUCAGGAGUUCACCAUUGGUGACCGAGUGAUCUACGUUCAGGACUCUGGACGAGUACCGAUCGGCGCAUCUGGUACGAUUAUCGGCAAGACCAGAACUGCUCGUGCCGUGUUGCUGGAUGUCGUCUUUGACGCGACGUUCAUGAGCGGCACGUCUCUGAGUGAUCGAUGCUCGCCGUUCCGUGGCUCGACUGUACCUUCGACUGCCGUCUUGAACCUCACAGACAAGCAAGUGGUGUCUUACUCCACCGCGGGUGCUGCCGCCGCCGCUGCUGCCAGACGACCGCAGAACCAGUCCUACACGAUGCCGCGCAUGGGCGCUCCUGGCGGUCCUCAGCUAGUACCAGCAAAUGCCCCACCACCGCUCCAAGGCUCCUACCGUGGUGCGUUCGGUGGCGCCAAUGGCACCAGGGGAGGCCGUGGUGGUGGUAUGGCGCCACGUGUUGGUGCGUCUCCUGCCAACGGAGCCCCCCAGCACCCUCAGACCAUGCCUAUCCACGGCGGCCCACCACGUGGGGGUCGCGGCGGAUUCGCUCCUCGUGGCGGACAGCCCAACGGCCACGCAAUUCAGGACCAGAACCAGCAACCCAACGGCAACGGUGCGCCUCGAGGCGGCCGCGGUCGCGGUGGCACUAACUUUGUGCCGCGUGGCCGAGGUGGCCUCAAGCCCGGUCGCGGCGGCUUCACCAGCACAGACAACACCGACCCGACCGAAGGCGUCGUCCAGAACAACCCCAACUUCCGUCCCCAGAACUACUCCAAUGUUCCGCCGCCAGCUGGGCUCGACGCACGUGGUGGAAGGGGCCGUGGACGCGGCCGCGGUGGAUUCAGAGGACGUGGUGCACCAAGAGGAGGCGCUUCCGCCCCUGCUGCUUCUGCGCCUGCUGCGCAGUAG